AUCAUCACCCUCUACAUGCCAACCCACACGUCACAUCUCCUGCAGCCACUUGACGUUGGCUUCUUCUCUUCUCUUAAGGCAGCAUACGGUCAUCAGGUGUCGGAGCUUGCCCGCCAAGGGAUCUUCUAUACAGACAAGCUUGACUUCCUCUAACAUCUAUACUGAGUUUAGGUUGACAAUCCUGUCAGAACAGCACAUUACAGCAGGUUUCAAAGUAACUGGGCUUAUCUAAAUAAGUCCAGAGCGCGUCCUAUCUAACCUAACUAUUGUCAGAACACCAUCCCCACCUGUGACGACAGCAGCUAGAGCAGUAUGGAUGGCAGACACUCCACAUACAAUUACUCAACUUGAGCAGCAGGCUCGUCUAGAAAGAGGUCUCCUCCAGCGACAGUCACAGAGCCCUACAAGUCGGGCUAUCUCCCAGCUUGUCAAGGUUGUUAGUGAGCUAUCAAUUCAGCGACAAUCUUAGCAGAGGAGAACUCAAAGCUACGUGCUGCUAACUACCGCCAGCAACGUAAACUCCAACAGAAGAGCCAGUAUAUAGCCCGUGGAGGAACCUUACAGACUCAGGAAGGUCGUACGCUUGUCACAGAAGCUCAAGUAGCUGUCUAUGAGGUUGACCAACUACCUACUAUACAGGCACGAUCCCGAGCACUACCAACAUGCAGUAAGUGUCACACUCAAGGCCAUACUAAGGCUGAAUGUAAAUCAAUAUAGUUAGUCUAUCCUGUGACAAAGUCUGAGACAAUUUAAGCUUGUGGUUGUGGAUUAUGCACUACAAGCGUUAUCGAUAGAGUUCCACCAUAAUGCUAUGACAACAGAAAGCAACAUCGGAAUGAC